UAAACGCAAUAUUUUUUGCGAUUAAAUGCAAAGAAGAUUGCGUUUAAACACAAUAAAUUUGUAAUUUGACGCAUUGAUGUUUGCAAUUCAUCGCUAUGUUAUUUGUUUAUUUACAUUUUUUAUAAGUGACGAGCUCUUGAUUUGGUGAUGGCAAUGGACACGGACACGCUUAUCCAUUUCUAUUUCUUAAUUGGAUUAACUUAUAAUGAAAUAGUAAGUUGCCUAGCUUUACAGCAUCAGGUACUUCUUAGCGAACGUACACUGAAAAGAAGGCUUGCUGCUAUGAACUUAUACAGGAGAAAGAAUAAGCCUUCCUUAAUAAGGGUUUCUGCAUUCCUUUCCAAAUUAAUUCUUAAAGAUGACAUGCAAAGCGGGUAUCGAUGGAUGCACCAGCGAUGUUUGCUAGCCGGAUACAUGUUAUCUAGAGAAACAGUAGCAGGUCUCCUUUCUAUUCCUGAUCCAGAGGGGGUUGAAUUGAGAAAACGGAAAAGACUCUUUCGCAGGGAAUAUUAUGCAAAGGGACCUAAUUAUUUGUGGCAUGUCGACUCGUAUGACAAAUUAAAGAAUUAUGGGAUUUGUAUGAACGGUUGCAUUGAUGGCUACUCCAGGAAAAUUAUAUGGUGUGAAGUUACCCAUUCGAGUAGCGAUCCUCGCAUUGUUGCUGGACAUUUAAUUUUAUCGGUUGAAAAAAUUUCAGCAUGUCCAAGAAAAGUAAGAGGGGACCGUGGUACAGAAAAUAAGGAUAUUGCAGAAAUGCAGAGUAUUUUAACAACCAAUGGUACAUUUAUUUAUGGCUCGAGUACAGGUAACCAAAGGAUAGAAGCAUUUUGGCGACUCUUGCGGAUGGAAUGCUGUCAGUUUUGGAUUGAGUUCUUCGGGCACUUGAGAGACCUCGGUGAAUUUUCCGGAGACAUCAUAUAUAAGAAUCUUGUUCAGCUUGUGUUCAUGAAUUUUGUGCAGAAUGACAUAGAUGAAGCAGAAUCUGUCUGGAAUACGCAUCGAAUUCGCCCUACUAAAAAUGGAAACGUCCCAGCAGGCAAACCUUGUAUUCUAUAUUGUAUACCCGAAUUAGAAGGGACUAAAAAUUAUUCACUACAAGUGGAUCAACAUGUUCUUCAGAUUUGUAGAAACGAGUGCUUAUUUCACAAGAACACCCCAAAUGACUCCGACAUGCAUGAGUUUAUCAAACUUCUGAUGGAAGAGAACACCCUUACAUCGCCCGAGACUGUGGAAGAAGCCUAUGAUUUAUAUGUUACCCUACAUCAUAUGGCCAACCGCGAAAUACAUAUUUUCUAGACGUCUCUAAGUAUACUAGCUUGUAUAUAAUGUCACUUUUCCAUUAGUUUUAAUGUUCAAUUUAAUGGAAAUAAACUGAAUUUGUUUUCCUCCUUUC